UAAGGUGUCUCCUUGCGAGUACCUGGAGCAAUUGGUUCCAUAUAUGAGCCUGACUGGAGAUUCAUAAAGCAGCAAGGUUUUGCAGUGAGCCAAGCCAGAAGGAUGAAGAUCAGCUUCAGCUUGGGCAGGAUGCCUUUCAGUGGAAGCCUUGUCUUCGUCUUGGCCACGACUCUACUUUUCACAGGUGUGAUAUCCAUGAGCAUUCAAGGGCCCGUUGAGAAAACGGUUGCUGUAGCCCCAACUGUGGCCAAUGGAUCAGGAGCAGAGCUUCCUGAAAAGGAAGGCGCUUUUGAGAAAGACAACCUCAAACCCAAUGAGUUGGAAGUCGAUUCCAACAAGGUGGACUUGACUGAACUUGAUGAUUCCUGGGAUAACAUUGGAGCUAUUAUACCCGACCUAGAAGAUCUGGACUCCCCACAGGUUAACGGAACAGGGGGAGACUAUAAGGAGCAAGGAGCUACUUUAUGGGGAUCUCUAAACACCUCAGAGCCCAGCAUUCCUGAAGAAGAAAACCUGAGGAUGAUUGAAGACGAGGAAGAUCCUAUGACUCUAUUAAAUCUCUUUUUUCAAAGAGCUAUUGAAGAAGAUUAUGGGGCUGGUGAAUCAGAGACCAUUGAUGAGGAUGACUUUUCUUUUUCUGACUUGCCCAGGAUUUUUGAGCCUUUAAUAAAGGCUUUCUCUGGUUCUCCAAAAUCUGAGCCUCCUUCACCGGAAGAUUUUCUCUCUUGGUUUCCUUCUCUAAAGGAGCUUCUGGAUCCCACAAGGGAGGAACCUGCUUCAGUCACCAGUUCACCAAAGAACAGCAUCACGCAGCCAGCAAGAAGGCCCGAUCUCCCUACUCCCUUAGAGCCGUCUCUUCAGAUGGCCCCUGCCAUCCCUUCUGCUCAGCCAGAUGAAGCGGAGAGCCUCGCCUUCCCCUCUUCACUGGAGGAAUCAUUCACUACUAUUGUCCCAACUCUCCCUAUCCCACCUCAGCCGAGCGAGCAUUCUCUUUCGGAUGUCUCCGAUUCUGAAGAGAGCUUUGAUUGAUCAGAAAUAUAUGCUGGAUCAGGAAUAUGUAGCCUUACUUUUUCUUGCUUUUCCUGGAAAUUGAGAAAAUAAAGACACCAGUUAAGGAACAUUUUGAGGUGGGGAAGAAACAUCUUCCCUGAUCUUUAGUUUUUUGGUUUUUAAUCUGAAUAAAGCACAAUAUAUGCUUUGAUAAUGUUUUUUGGAGGGGGAGGGGGAAAAGGAAAGGGAAUAUGAUCUUGUAUACGCAGCAAAUCCUUUUGAAUUUUCUUUCUAUUAAAGUUGGAAAUGCCCCUUUGAUGAGUGCUGUUAUGGCAAUAAAGUAACUCUAUAUUUC